AUGUCCUCACAAGUGAGACUGCAGCUGUUGCCGAGGGCCAGGUGUUUGUUUGAUGAGCCCAUCCAGGUGAAGGUGGCCGGGUUGAAGUCGUACCAGGUGGUCACCAUGAAGGCCAGAUCAACAGACGAGAGAUGGGUGCUCUUCAACUCUUCUGCCGUCUACAGAGCCGACGAGAGCGGGGAGAUCGACCUGAACAGAGACCCCUCGCUCAGCGGGAGCUACGUCGGGGUGGAGCCCAUGGGCCUGCUGUGGUCGCUGAGUCCAGAGACCUUGCACAAGCAUUUCACCAAAACUAAAGCACUCAUCCCCCACGUGGUGAAGAUCUCUGUGCAUGAGGAAGGGGAGGAGGGCCAGAUGUUGGCUGAGGUGACCAAUGAGAGGUUUCUGAUUGCUGACGGGGUCAGUCGAGUUCCUGUCAGCGAGGGAAAUAUCAACGGAGUCCUCUUUACACCUCCAGGAGAAGGACCGUUUCCUGCUGUGUUGGAUUUGUGCACCGUCAUGUCUGAGACAAGAGCCUGUUUGCUCGCCAACAAAGGCUUCAUGGUUCUCACUGUAGCUGUGUUCAAUGACAAGCCCCGCGACAUUAAAGAAUUGCACUUGGACCCCCACCAAGAAGCAGUUGACUACUUACUGAAACAACCAAAGGUGGGCAGCAAAGGAGUUGGAGUGUUGUCUCGAUCGAAGGGAGGAGAUGUGGCGUUGGCACUUGCUGUCUUUGUGCCUGGCGUUGAGGCCAUAGUGUGGAUCAAUGGAUGCAGUGCUAGUAGCGGCUUUCCUCUUUUCUACAGAAAGUGUCGGAUCCUCUCACCAUUGCCAUUUGACAUAAGCAAGGCAAUCCCCACUGAGUCAGGAGCAAGCAUCAUUAAGCACAUUCUUGAAAAUCCCCUGGCAGAGGAGAACAAGGGCAGCCUGGUCCAUGUUCAGAAAGUCAAGGGGCGUUUGCUCUUUGUGGCUUCAGGAGACGACCUGAACUGGGACAGCAAGGGCUACAUGGACGAGAUGGUGGAGAGACUGAAGCGCUAUGGAAAGAACAACUUUGAGAGUGUGUACUAUCCUCUGGCUGGACACUUACUGGAGCCACCGUAUUACCCCUUCUGCCCCUCUAGUUUACAUGGCGUGGUUCCUUUCCCAAUCCUUUGGGGAGGCGAGCCCACAGCUCACAUUGCAGCUGAAGAGGAUCUUUUGGAGAAGAUCCAAGAGUUUCUUAAAACUCACCUGAGCUGUGAUCUUGCAAAAAGUACAUCGAAGUUAUAG